AGCCGUAUAGAAAAUUCCAGUACGCGUAUUGUCAUAUUCAUGGUCAAAGUUUCUGUCCAUAACCGGUUCUAUGACUUCUAUCUAGUCGCGGUGCAGACCAGACGACGACCAUUCUCUUCUGGUGACGGCCAGACCCAUAUUAGUAAACGUUCUUCCUAUAUGAUCCAACAACAAAAUCGGGGAUUUAUUAGUACCAAGGAAGGAGAUACAUGAUUGAGAAUUUGAGAUAUGAGUAAGCAGGCAGUUGCGGGUGCUUCUCACACCGGAAAAGGCAUCAGCUUCCUUGAAAAAAUCAAGAAUGCUAGUUGCCUUAAAUCCUCAUCUGCGGAUUCUGGUAAAGGGAGAAGCAAGUCAUCGACUAACAAAGUAGCCCAUGGGUUCCACUUAGUUGAAGGUAAAUCUGGCCAUGAUAUGGAGGACUACCAUGUUGCUGAAUAUAUAAGAUUGAAGCAUCACGUGCUUGGAUUAUUUGCUAUCUUUGACGGUCACCUAGGAGAUCGUGUCCCUAGCUAUUUGAGAGAUAACCUUUUCAACAACAUACUUGACGAGCCAACAUUCUGGAAGGACCCUGAGAUGGCAAUAAGGAAUGCUUACCGCACCACUGAUAAGUUUAUUUUGGAAAACUCCAUGCAAUUAGGGCCAGGUGGCUCAACUGCAGUAACCGCAAUAGUCAUUGAUGGCAAAGACUUAUGGGUGGCAAACAUUGGUGACUCAAGAGCCAUUGUGUGUGAGAGAGGCUCUGCCAAUCAAAUUACUGUAGACCACGAACCACAUAGUGAACGAAGAAGAAUUGAGAAGCAGGGUGGCUUCGUGACUACUCUACCGGGAGAUGUGCCUAGGGUUAAUGGUCAACUUGCAGUUGCACGUGCUUUUGGGGAUCAAAGCCUCAAAGCACAUUUAAGUUCAGAGCCUGAUGUAAGACAUGUGCCCAUAGACUCGAAUAUUGAGUUUGUUAUACUGGCAAGUGAUGGAUUGUGGAAGGUAAUGAAGAAUCAAGAGGCAGUUGAUUUAGUGAAACCCAUCAAAGAUCCUCAAGCUGCAGCUAAACGUUUAACGGCUGAAGCACUGGCAAAACAGAGUAAAGACGAUAUAUCAUGCAUUGUGAUCCGUUUUGGAUGAUGCUGCUGAGAAAGUUGCUCACCACUGCACUUUUGUUGGUUUUGUCCUCCUAGAACUCUCAGCCAGUGGUUUCCAUUAGGAAGAUGGAAAUAGGAGUACUAUUUGAGUUCUCAUAUGUUAUGCAUUGGCUUUCUUCAUUGGGAUAAUCAUGUUAGAGAUAGCACAGAUAACUAUGUCAUGCAUUUCUUAUGUUACGUCGUAAAGAAGUUUCCUCUUA